CCCCCUAUCUCUCCUGCCCCCGAGACCUGACCGUACUCUUCUCCCUCCUUUUCCCGACCGCGCCGCGCGAGGCGAUCUCAUCUCCCACGCCGCCGCCGCUGCCUCCAGUCUCCACCCAGGGUUUCGCUCCUCGCGCUGCUGGGGUGCUCCAUGGACAACGUCGUCGUCAUCGGCGAGGAGCGCCCGGAGGAUUGGGCGGGCGAGAACGGCGGAGUCGCCGAGGAGGAUGGAGCGGGGGGUGUGGAGAUCGCCGUGAAGCCAGUGGCGGCGGCUGAGGAGGAGGGCGAUGGUGAUGUGGUGGUGGAGAGCGGGGACGAGGGGGAUGCGCGUGUCGACGUGAAGCGGCCGCACGGCGCGGUGGCGACGCAGGAGGGUGACGGUCAGGAGGCUGGGGGAGAAAAUGGGGGCGAGGAAUCCGUGGGAUUGGAAUCGAACGGCGGGGGUCCGGGAGGCGGUGCGGUGGAGUCGGGUGCGACGCGGACGGGUCGAUCGGUGGUGAGCGAUUACCUAGCGGUGGCGACCCCGAACACCAGAGUGGUGCUGGAGAACGGGCAGCGUGCGGCAGAGGAGUGGGAUGAGGACUCUGAUUCAGCUGAGGGGGUGGAGCGGCAGGAGCCGGCUGGGUUGGAUCGGAGCGAGGAGGUUUUGGGGAAUGGGAGGACUUCGGUGGCAGGUGAUGCUGCCCGGUCAGUUGCCAUUGGUGAUGUAAACGUGGAUGAUCCCUGUGUCGAGAUUGACGUUGAGGAAGACACUGCUGAUGAUGCAAAGCAGGAACGUGUGGAGGAGAAAGCCAUGGCUCAAGCGAUCCAGGGAUAUGUAAAGGAAGCUGUUUUGGCUGGUCGUGCAAAGGAGAGGUUAGAGAAGGACAGGGAAUAUGUUGCUACUCAUGAUCACAAGCCUGGGGUUGCUGCACAAUCUGGGAGUGAGCAUGGAAAUGUAAAGGAAGGUAUUUUAGUGAAUCAAAGCAAAACGCAGCCAGAAAAGAGCAGGGAAGAGAUUGCUUCCCGUCAUAGCAAGCCCGACUUGCACACACAAUCUGGAGCUGAACCUGCUGUUGUCAUCGAGAAUUUGGAUGAUUUGAGCUCCUCAGAUGACGAGAAUACAGCUACCUCUGCCCCCCCUACACAAUCCCCAAGUGGUAGUUCUAUCCCCCCUGCCCAAUCCAGUGGUGCUGCUGCUGGUCAUUCUAAUGGUCCUUCGUUGCCGUCUUGUCCUGCUGGCCUUGGAUCAUCGUCUUCCUUGUCGCAGCCUCCUGCUCGUUCUGUUCAACAGGUCCGUGCCAAUGGACCAGUAGCUGUGGAUAGGGGAAGCCAGCAGGCAACUGAGUCUGCUGGGGACGAUGGAGAUGAGAACGAUGAAAUCCAUGAGAAGCUUCAGAUGAUCCGUGUCAAGUUUUUACGUCUUGCUCACAGGUUUGGGCAAACGCCCCAUAAUAUGGUUGUUUCACAGGUUCUGUACCGGCUUGGACUGGCAGAACAGCUUAGAAGGACUACUGCUCAAGGUGUCUUUAGCUUUGACCGAGCAAGUGAGAUGGCGGAGCGUCUUGAAGCUGCUGGAAAUGAACCCCUUGAUUUUUCUUGCACCAUCUUGGUUCUUGGUAAAACCGGGGUUGGUAAGAGUGCUACCAUUAAUUCGAUUUUUGAUGAUACCAGGUUGGAUACAAAUGCUUUUGAUUCCAGCACUAGAAAAGUGCAAGAAGUAAUUGGUACGGUUGAGGGAGUCAAAGUGAAAGUGAUAGAUACUCCUGGACUUUCAUGCUCAUCUUUAGAACAACACCACAACCAGAAGGUUCUCAACUCUGUGAAGAGGCUUAUCAGCAAGAACCCUCCCGAUAUUGUUCUUUAUUUUGACAGAUUGGAUAUGCAGAGCAGGGACAAUGGUGAUGUCCCUCUUCUGCAAACCAUUACCAAAGUGUUUGGAGCAUCCGCUUGGUUCAAUGCCAUUGUUGUGUUAACUCAUGCUGCAUCUGCGCCACCAGAUGGUCUGAAUGGAAUUCCUCUGAGCUAUGAAAUGUUUGUCACCCAAAGAUCUCAUGUAGUCCAGCAAGCUAUAAGGCAAGCCGCUGGUGAUGUCCGUCUUAUGAAUCCAGUCUCCCUGGUGGAAAACCACUCAGCAUGCAGGACGAAUAGGGCAGGUCAGAGGGUUUUGCCAAAUGGACAAGUCUGGAAGCCACAGCUGCUGUUACUUUGUUUUGCUUCAAAGGUGUUAGCGGAGGCCAAUGUGCUCCUCAAGUUGCAGGAUAGCCCUAUUGGUAAAACUUCUCGUAUGAGGAUUCCGCCGCUGCCUUUCCUUCUCUCCUCACUUCUUCAGUCUCGGGCCCCACUGAAAUUACCAGAGGAGCAAUUUGGUGAUGAUGAUGAUCUUGAAGAUGAUCUGGUAGAUGAUUAUGAUUCAGAUGAUGGCUCAGACUAUGAUGACUUGCCUCCUUUUAAGCGCCUCUCAAAAGCUCAGCUUGCUAAGCUGAACAAUGCACAGAGGAAGGCGUAUCUUGAGGAGCUAGAUUACAGAGAAAAGCUGUUAUACAAGAAACAACUGAAAGAGGAAAGGAUGCGUCGUAGAAUGAUGAAGAAAAUGGCAGCAGAAGCCAGUGCUCGAGCAAAUGAUUUUAGUAACAGCAACCCAGAAUAUGAUUCUAAUACUCCAACCAAUGUCGCGGUGCCUAUGCCUGACAUGAUACUGCCCUCAUCUUUCGAUUCUGAUUAUCCUAGCCAUCGCUACCGUUUUUUGGAUACGCCAAGUGAAUGGCUUGUCAGGCCUGUAUUGGAAACCCAGGGUUGGGAUCAUGAUGUUGGUUAUGAAGGUCUAAAUGUUGAAAGAUUGUUUGCUGUCAAGGGUAAAGUUCCUCUGUCCGUAUCUGGCCAACUAACAAAAGACAAAAAGGAUUGCUCUCUGCAAAUGGAGGUUGCAAGUUCAGUAAAGCAUUCUGAAGGUAAAACUACUUCACUUGGGCUUGAUUUGCAGUCCAUCGGUAAGGAUAUGGCAUACACAAUUCGUGGCGAGUCGAGAUUUAAGAACUUCAGGCGCAAUAACACAGCUGCUGGGAUAUCUGCAACGCUCCUUGGAGAUUCUGUAUCAGCUGGUGUGAAGAUUGAAGACAAAUUGAUAGUGAACAACCAGCUCAGGCUUUUAGUUAGUGGUGGCGCCAUGAGUGGGAGGGGAGAUGUGGCUUAUGGAGGCCGUCUUGAAGCGACAUUGAGAGACAAAGAUUACCCAAUAGGCCGGAUGCUUUCUACUCUUGCGCUGUCUGUUGUGGAUUGGCAUGGGGAUCUGGCAGUUGGCUGCAAUAUCCAGUCUCAGAUUCCUGCUGGAAGAGCUAGCAUCUUGGUUGGUCAUGCAAAUCUAAGCAACAAGGGGUCUGGCCAAGUCGGCAUUCGGCUGAACAGCUCCGAGCAUCUUCAGAUUGCGCUUAUUGCUCUCGUGCCUAUACUAAAAAACAUCAGAAAGCUAUUACAGAAUUACUCUGAGUCCAACUAGUAUUUAUAUAUGCCUGAAAAAACAGUGAGGGCGUCAUAGAUUAAAUACUAGCAUAAACUAGAACUAUGUAUUUAUUUUGUUCUUUCGUUCCCAACUUUGUAACUAUGUUUCUCCUGAGCUCUUUUUGAUGAAGUUGGAGCAGAACACAUCAGUGUUUUCCCCUGAGCUCUGUCUUAUGAAGUUGGAUUGCAGAUUUCA